GCGUUGAAGGCGACAUCAAAAUGGCGGCGGAAACUGUGGACUUCGAUUCUUCCUUCGAUAACGAACAUAGGGAAGAUGAAAUAGAUCGAAUGGUUGGCGAUGUUUUGGAUGACUCGUUCGAAGAAAUUCCAGAGGCAACGGACGAAUUUUGGAAGCCUGUCAUAAGCACAAGUACAAAUAUGAGCAGACAACAUACUGUUGACAUUCCCAAAGAAUUGUCAUUGGACUCGGAGAAUGGUGGGAAACACUGUGAGUAUCCACUCCCGGUUCAUUCUGGAAUUGAUAAUAACUGUAGCUGUUUUGACGAAGGAGUCCAAUUAUUACGACGUUCUAGAAGCGAAGACAUUCUUUGCAAGAACCAGGAAGGCACUCAACCAGCAUAUUAUGAAUCCUUUCCUAUGCACCAGAACUAUAUGACAACGCCAGAUAAGGAGUCAAACCUUGCGGAUUCAUUACACUCGGUUGAACUUGAUGACAAUAUACCAAAUGACAAUUUUUUGUUAGGCGAUAAAGGAUUUAAAAGUUUCUUUGACGAAUAUGAUAAGAAACUUGAUUGUCUUGAAACAAAACACACUGCUAUUGAUGACUCUUUCAGUGGUAUGCAGUCAAUUUUAAUGGAAUUUGAGAACUUUGUGUCAUUCAUCGAACAUCAGUACGAAAGUUUUGGAAAUACCGAUACAUGUACGAGAGAAGCCGGCCCCUGUGUAGAUGACGCUACUGUAGAAAUUGAAAGCAAGAUAACGGAAAGUGAUACCGAUAAAUCGCAAGAAGAAGAAAUCUGUAAUGCUGAUGUAAAACAGGCGCCUAUUGAGAAAGAUUGUGUUCAUAUAGAUAUUGACAGAGAUGACUUUGACAAAUACAAGCAAGAAACCGACAUUGACAAGUGUGUCAAUACCUCCGACAGGGAAUAUAUUUCUGCUGAAAAUGAUGAUAAAACUACUGAGGAAACAGAAGACAAUGUCACACAUUCAGACAAACAAAAAGAAGAAUCAGCCCAGGAACAUGUUGGUGAAGUGGAGAAAAAAGAAUGUAACGAAGAAGGACAAAAGGAAAAGACAGAAUGUGACGAGUACUUGCAGGAACAUGAUUAUGAGGACAAUACCAAAUGUAAUCUGGCUGUGGAUAUGCGGUCGUUUUUGGUGUGUUUGAAUUCAACACUGCAGGAUAUGUUCUCCCGAUUCCAGGAAUUUGUAAAUGAAGUUGGAGAAACCGUUCACUUGGGAGCCUUAGCAACUCAACACUCACAACGAAUGGAUUCAUGGGCAUCCCACGUGCAGCGUCUCUACAACUCACUGAAAACUGACCACAACAAUAUGCAGGAAUACAUAGAACAGAAGGAGAAGGAUUGGAUCAAAGUUAGGAGUCAGUUACAUUCUGAAUUGGAGACCCAGGGCCGCCAGGUACACGAGGUCAUCACCGCCCUCAAACAGCACGAGGACGUCCGGCGGAAGAGUGAACGCAUUCUGAGCAAGAGAGUUGGUGAUAGACUUCUCCGAAAGUCCGAACUCGUUAAAACCCUGGACAAGGUAGACAAUAAUUUGGUGGAUAUUCUUCAGAAAAGGCGAUGUGACCAGGAACAUGCGAUGGCACUUGAUUUCUCCAGACAGCUGAAGAUAGCUGAGCUGAAGAUGAUUCUAGUAAGACAACAGAGCUACAUCCAAAGACUUGAGCUACAGAAUAAGGAGCUGGACGGAGUCCUUAGAGGGGUUCUCUUCGACCCUGACACAGAGCAGUUCAGCGGCAAUUACUUUGUGCGAAACGCUGUACAAAGCGGUGAGGGGUUCAGCACUAUGGCAGAUAUAUUACACUGUGACAACGCCAGUUACCUCCCCGGCAAGUCAACAGACCCAGACAUGGUUGGCUCACAGACGUUUGACAUCGGGUCGAAAGCUCAACGUCUGUCUGCCGAGAGAGAGGUGAUAUUUGAUCCUAAAAUGCUGAGGUACAUGUGCCAAGAAACUCUAGCGGCCAUUAAUUCUGACAUCGCCGAGAUAGGCUCUGGUGAAAAGGUCAAACAUGGACAUGACCCGGAAAUAAUUCAAGUACUUGAUGGCGAGGCCAGGGAUCUCAAUAACUCGGGGGAUGAGAUAGCCAGCAAAGCGAUAGUGACAAAAGUGGAACCAACAGAAACAGCAACGGAUCCCGUCCUCGACAUCAACGGGAACAUUAAUCUGUCAUUGAUCUAGAAAGGAACAAACUGUUAAAUCUGUUUUAUCAGUCAAAACGUAGGUCAUUUUCGAGGUGAUAUGAUAUGUUUGUCAUUUGUUAUCGUUGAGGUCAAUGUAUUUAUGAUAUUGUGGUCAAAGUUUAAAAAAAAAACAUGGCAUGACUUGAAAAUGUAAAAGAAAAUUGUUAGUAUUGAUAUUGUAAUAAAAAUACUGUGGUAAGUGUUGAUAUAAUUACAGAACUAUCGUCGUAAAUGUUUUGUAUUAUUAUAAAAUGUCUUUUGUAAAUUUUGAUAUUCCAAUAGAAUGACGUGACAAGUGCUGUUAUUGUUCUUAAAAGACAUUUAUCAGUUUUAUAUUGUAAUUGAAUAAAUGUUGUCUUUGUAAGCAUUGUACAGGAAAGGAAGUCCAUAACUUAACGAUAAAAAUGUGAUGCAUGUAUUACAAAUCAAAUUUAUCUUUUGUAAUUAUUUAGUAUAAAUGUUACAUUGUUUAAUAUACCAAUGAUACAGUUGUAUACUCAAUAAAUUACAGCUUAUUAUG